GACCCCGGCCCGAGCCGCAGGGACGCGGCGGCCGCCCGCGGAGCCCCGCGCCCGCGCCGUGGGGGAGGGGAGGGCCGGAUGCGGGGAACAUGGCUGCUCGUCCUAGUUCGGCGUCGCGGCGUGGCCGCCAGCCCCCGGAUCCGAGCCGGGAGCCGCUCCCCAGGGCCGCACUAGGAGAUUCUGAGAGGAUACUCCUGGCUCUGUGCUCAGGAAUUACUCCCAGUGGUGCUCAGGGAGCCAGAUGGACUGCUGGAGAUUGAACCCAGGUUGGCCGUAUGCAGGCAGGCAUAACUGUGUCACCUGAUGAAGAACAAAGCUUGAAUCAUUAUGUAGAAGAUUUACAGAACAUGUUAUUAAGUGUUCCCACUAAAGAGAUCAAUUCUGUCAAGGAAUCAGAGUCUUCAAGUACUGCUCGGUCUCCAAGCCCUAAAAUAUCGAAACUAAAUACUGCAACUACACAUGGAGGUGUUUCAACAGCGAAUGACAAAUCAACCAGAGGUCAUGCGACCACUGCCCUUACACCUGGCUUUCCACAGCAAGCAGGGAGGAAAAGACGUAAGACCACAGCGUUCUGGUCAGUUCGGCCCAACAAUGUGUCUGUUGUUCUACGCACAGAUGAGCCUUUUAUUGAGAAGGAAGAGCCCGAGCCGGAGCCCGAGCCCGAGCCCAAGCCCGAGCCACAGCCGCAGCACAAGCCACAGCACAAGCCACAGCCACAGCCAAGUUCUACACCACGCGUCAUCGAGUCGACCACCAUUGUAGAGAGCAUCUCUUCCGUGAGCACCCUCGACGUGGACACGGCCGCAGAGCUAGAGGAUGUUCCUCAGCUGUCAGGAACUUACCUGUCGCCCGAGUCGCAGAGGCUGAGAAAUGAAGAGAUUUUGAAAAAAAUUUCAAAUCUUCGUUCGCAGGUGCGGCGGGUCCCUGUUUCUGAGAGCCUCCAGCCACAGUAUAGGAAAGACAUCAUAGCCGCUCGAGAGCACUUAAAGCGGAGCCUCGCUCUGGCUGCCGCGGCAGAACGUCGGCUGCAAAGGAUGUAUGAAUCUGAGGCAAUACCUCUGGGACAAAGCAGUGAUGAAAAUGGAGACGUGGAAACUGUCAUUAACGUGCUGUAUAACGCGAGGUCUAAGUUAUCUGAAUAUUUUGAUAUGAAGUCUAUCCCACCAGAGAUGAGAAGAAAAGCUACUGUAGUAAUAAAUACACUGAAAAAAAUAUUAUGUGUAAGUCAAGUAGAAACUCAAAAUCUUAUUAAGAAGUUAUUAAGCAACAAUAUGCAAAUUUUAAACAUACUUGAGGUGCCAUCACAAAGUUGAUUUAAGCAAACUGUGCAUUGAUUCACAGGAGAACUAAACUUACUGGAGAGUCCGAGUUUGUAAAAAUGAUAUUUUCUAUUGCGGCCCAAUAUGCUGCCAUCUUCAUGUGACAUUUAUUAAAGUCUACGCAAUUUUUUCCUAUGCCCUAAAAUAUAACAGUUUAAAUCAGUUUGUGCGUGUGUCAUCAUUCUCAUUAAUUUCAUGUUUAUUUUAACUUUGGGGGAGCCUCCUAAAUAGUUUAGGGGACCGCAGAGCCGCUCUUGGAGAUACUCCGCCUGCUGGAGGCUGCGAGGGUCACCCUGGAGGUGCGCCGGGGACUUACAGGGCUUUGACCAGCAUUGCCCGGGAGGGCACAGAGCCCUCGGAGCGGUCCUUGCACUGCAGGGCAUGUGCCCCGAUCCCUGGGCUGUCUCUAAGGAGGGUUAUUUAAAGCAUUGAGACCUACAUGUAUAUAUGUGUGUGUUUAUAUACAUAUAUAUGUAUGUAUAGUGACAUAUGUGGUUUUCAGUAAUUACAUGGAAAGGGAGAUACAUGGCAUUAGUUAGUCCUUCAGAGAUCUGAGUUAUCUUUCUAAGUAACAUAUUUGGAACUUGUGUCAGGAUUCUUUCCUUGGGUAUGCCUUUCCUUUGAAAUGCAGAUGACACAUUAAGUUACUUUGUUUAUAAGUACUUCUGGGGUAAGAAUUGUAACAUGGAUUUGGGGGUGGUGGCCCAGGGGCAUUUGGUGCCACACCUGGUGGUGCUCAGGGGCUACUCCUCGUGGCGGUCAAUGGUCAUUCCUGGCAGUGUUCACAGAGACUGUGUGUGGUGCUGGGGCCUAACAGAUGCUAGCCCACGCAAGGCAAGAGCCGUAACCCCUGGGCCCUUUUUCUGCCCACUGUAACCCAGAUUUAUAACGAAUUCUUUUUAUUUCUUCUUUUUGCUUGUUUAAACAUAUAUACAUGGAAACCAAAUAUUUGACAAAUAUUUGGUCAAAUAUGAUGCUUAUUUUUAAAAUUUUUUAUUAAAUCACUGAGAUAAACAGCUAUAAAGUUGUCUAUGAUUUGGUUUCAGUCGUACAAUAUUCCAACACCCAUCCCUUCACGAGUAUAUUUCCCCAUUUCCCAUCGCCAGUG